GUAAUUAUAAAUGUUAAUAGCGGACCAACUCCAAGCCGUCCUCGCUCCUCCAGAGCUCAGAAACCGCUUUCUGCGCUCCACGGUUCGUUCCUGGCCAUCAGUCUCCAAAUGGACAGCGGCGAAAAAGAGGAUGAGAGGAAUAGCCAGAAAAUUUCAUCUCAAAAUUUUCCAGGCUCAUUUUCUAGGCCUUUUCCUCCAAACAAACGCAGGGAAAGAUGAGCGUGAUCGACAUUAUUUUCCGAGUUGAUCAAAUAUGCAAGAAAUUCGACAAGUACGAUGUCGACAAGCAGCGCGAUCUCAAUGCCUAUGGUGACGAUGCCUUUGCUCGCCUCUACGCCAGCGUCGAAGCUAACAUUGAAUCGGCUCUUCAUAAAUCUGAAAUUUCUCUGAUAGAGACGAAUAGGGCUGCUGCCGUUGCACUGAAUGCUGAGAUUCGUCGAACCAAGGCUCGGUUGCUAGAGGAAGUUGUCAAGCUGCAGAAAUUGGUGCUCAAAAAGGUUAAAGGGCUCACAAAAGAAGAACUAAGUAUCCGUAAUGAUUUGGUCCUGGCUCUACCAGAAAGAAUUCGAGCAAUACCAGAUGGGAGCAUGGCAGGAGCCAAACAAACUGCAAAUUGGGCAGCUUCGGCAUCUCAUAAAAACAUCAUGUUUGACUCAUCAGAUGGAAAUUUUGACAGCGAGUUUUUCCAACAAAGUGAAGAAUCAAGUCAGUUUAGACAAGAAUAUGAAAUGAGGAGAAUGAAACAGGAUCAAGGUCUAGAUGUUAUAUCAGAAGGGUUAGACACACUGAAGAAUUUGGCCAAUGAUAUGAAUGAGGAAUUAGAUCGGCAAGUUCCACUGAUUGAUGAAAUUGAUACAAAGGUAGACAAGGCAACAUCUGACAUUAAGAAUACUAAUGUUAGACUCAAGGAAACCGUUACCAAGAUGAGGUCCAGUCAAAACUUCUGUAUUGACAUAAUUCUUCUGUGCGUAAUUCUGGGAAUCGCUUCCUAUUUAUACAAUGUAUUGAAAUGAAAUGACCAGAAGACCGCUUUUACUGCCAGUUUGAUCAUAAGAGAAACACUUACAAGCCUUACAUAUCAAGCUAGACCAGUAAACAUGGUUGCAUUCACUGCCAUUAGCAUGGCACCAGGAAAGUUGAUCCACCUUGUGCACCAAUAUCUACAUCUUAUGCUGUACAGUCUACUUAUGGGGCUCUUGGCCACACCACUUCAGUUAAGAACCAUUUCCUUCUGUGAAGGGCCAGUUCAUUACUGUAGAUAUCUGUCUGUGAAGCACAUGAUUAGGCUUCUGUAAGCAGAUGGGAUUUGAGGGAUUAGAAUUGAUGAUGCUGACUUGAGACUGGCUUUGGCUAUGGAAAUUCAUAUGAUUGUUGGUUGAUGUCUUGUGAGGUGAAAGACUCUCAUCUUCAUUGUUGCUAGUUAGCAUCUUCUGAGAUGGAGGGGGAUUUUCGUACCUAUGUUUCUCUGUGGAGUUCCCAUUCAAUGGGUUGAAAAAACUGUCAAAGGAAGAAACUGUAAUUGGCAAAUUCACUUUAUCUGAACCAUCUUCAUGAACUGAACCAUGGCUAUUGCUGUUGUUGCUCCCUUUGAAGGUUACAUUAGAAAUGGUUUCAUUAUGAGGAAGAGGAUGACCAGCAAGUAUGGAAGCUAUUAAUUCGCAAUGAUUGUAGAGAUAACCUGUGUCCAUGUCAUUAUGCUUUGUAUGCAUAGGUUGUUGCUCCUCAAUCUUUGGUAAGUAGCUUAUCAAUUCUGUGCUAGGACUGUCUUGACCUUCACAUGUGUUCUUUGGCAUGUUGCCUUUAUGGCGGACCCGGCAUAGUACCCAAUCAUCCAACUGUGACAACAAGAGGCAAUUUGUUUUCAUGAGUUGAGUUUCAUCUCAUCUCUUGUUUAUAGCACAGUUUAUCUCAUACCUUUAAUGCAAUUUAACAACGUUGGUAGUCUGCAAAUGUUGGUGCAGGGUCAAAAACAUAGGUGAAAGCAAAAAUGAAAAAGAAGAGAAAGGAUCGUUGUAGAGAAACCAAGUUGAGGGUGAAAUAGGUUAUUUUUCAGGCAUUUGGUUUCUUUACCAUGGACUGUGCCACCUCCAAAAUCUGUUUUAUGCUACUGUAGGUUUAUUUGUAUGUACAACUUUGAGUUUCUUAAAUUUUGAUGAACUGUUUACUCC